AUAGCCCGAAAACCAAAAGUAAGUGCAUCUGAUGAUAGUAAAACUAUAGCUUCAACCUGUGGGCAGUGGACACCAAUAGCUCGUUGCCACGUCACGCAGACCUGUGUCGUGUUAUUAACAGUUCAGAACAGUAUUGUUUAGACACAAAAGUGUAUUGAAGAAAUGGGAGAUAACUCUAGCCCAAGCAGAUUCUGGAUGGUUGUUGCAUUUUUCUUUAUUUCUGCGUCAUUAGCAUUAGUUGGAUUCAUCAUCUAUGUUAAAGUUUUUGAGAAGCCAAUCAGCAGAAGUAUUAGAGAAGCGGAAGUACUCAACCGGUACCCGCUGAUGUUCCGCACACCAGAGGAGCAGGCGAUCUUUGAAAAACAGUUUUAUGCUGAGAACUCAGCGUUUAAUUUAGAGACAGCAGAGAUUGCGACAGACACCCAAUUACAAAAUUGUUCUUUCAGUUGUCCCUCCAGACGUAGGAGGUCGCUAGCUACAUAUCAUCCUCUGGUGGAGUGGAUCAAUCAUUACAAAGGUCUCCACGAAAUGAAGAAAAGGGACGUAACCACACAGCCGGGACCUAACAUUUAUCAUGGAUGUUGCAUUUCGCGCCACUAUUUUGUAAGUCCAGACUUUGGUAGUACCAUUAGUGGCACCAACUACUCGCUCGUCCAGUUUGAUAGUCGGCGACAAUACUUCCCAUCUCAGAUUUGCAAACAUGCCGAGAACUGUCGAGGAUGUGGGUGCGCACAGGAGAUAAAUUUCUUCACGGCCAUUGUGGUCAACCCCAAUUACCCUAACGACAGCUAUGACCCGUACACCAUGGUGGCCAUCAAGUUACCCGGAUGUUGUAAAUGUUUCAACAACUUACCAGCCCCUUGAAGCACUGGACUUUGUACAUCAUCCAUCAUGUGAAUAUUUCAUCCGAAUGACCUUGGUCCAUUUCGUUGAUAACUUCAUGUAAAUAAUUCAUCCAAGUUGACAUCCAAUUUAACAUCCAAUUUAACAUCCAAGUUGACAUCCAAGUUAACAUCCAAGUUGACAUCCAAUUUAACAUCCAAUUUAACAUCCAAGUUGACAUCCAAGUUGACAUCCAAGUUGACAUCCAAGUUG